AUGGAACGUAUUCUUCUUGCAACAAAUUAUCCUAAUUUACAUGCACUUGGUUUAUAUGAUCUUGAACCAGAAACAGCUAAUGAUCUCUUUUCUAAUGGAAGUUAUUUAAUUCGUCAUUUUCAAAGUCAAAUUUCAUCACUUUUUAUUAAUAUGAAAGGACGUAUGUACCGAAGAGAUUUAUUUGGACAUGAAAAUAUAUUUAUAUUUAGUCAAAUAUGUACUGAGUUCAAAAAUUUACAAUAUUUAAAUUUCAGUUCAUCUUCUGAUUAUGAACAAUUAACAUUUGGUAGAACACCUUCGAUUAAAUUCUCUUCAAAUCUAUUACAAUUACAUGUCGUAAUAAAAAGUAUCAUAGAUUGUCUUUGUUUACUUGAGCAUUUCAAUCAACUUCGAACGUUCUAUGUUACGAUUUGUCCUCUUGCUGUUCGUGUAUGGCCAUCAAAAAAACUUCCCAAUUUAAAAUGCUUUUCUCUAAUCCAUGAAAAUGAAUUAAUGAUGUACAAUGAAAUAUUUGUUCCACUUUUCCAAACAAUGCCAAAUUUAGAAGAACUGAGUUUAUACUUUUUCAGUUCAUAUGGGCUAAUCAUUGAUGAUGAUAACUUGGAAAAGAAUAUUCUAAAUCAUAUGAUAAAAUUAAACAAAUUUACAUUUAAUAUUCGUUCAUUUAUUCCUCGUAAUGAUUUAGUUAAUUUACCAUCAAAUGAAGAUAUUAAAAAUACAUUUAAAAAUUUUAAAAAUAAUGAAAUUAUUUCAUGUGUUGAUUAUUUUUCCAAAUCAAACUUAUUUUAUUGUCAUAUUUGUUCAUAUCCAUAUACAUGGACCUUUUAUAAUAAUAUAACGAAUAAUUUUCCUGGUGGAUUAUUUAAAUGUGUUCGUGAAAUAUCAUUAUGUGAUGAACGUCCAUUUGAACACGAAAUUUUUCCUUCAAAUUGCUGA